AUGUGCCAAUUUAGGAAUAGAUCCCCAGAUGAAAGAGCAACUGCUCCUUUAGAUUUUGUGCAUUGUGACCUGGCUGGUCCUAUUGAUCCUGUAGGAAGAGAUGGCUUUAAGUAUGCUUUGUCAUUCGUUGAUGACUAUUCAGGGAUUAUUAUGGUCUAUUUUCUAAAAUGUAAGAGUGAUACCCCAGAAGCAUUACAGCAAUUUUUGGCUGAUGCUGCUCCUUUUGGGAGGGUUAAGAGGCUGUCUCCGUAAAAACCUCCAGGUCAAUAUGGGGCUCAAAAAUAGAUUUCUCUCAUACUCUAGUAUUUUGAAGAUCUAUCCUUGGGAACAACUAAAAUCGAUGUCAUUUUACUCAAAUUUCCUUUAAAUUAUUUUUGGGGCGAUUGAUGUUCGAUCGACUGGUAACCAACUUGAUACUCCGAAUGAAGGCCAAAUAUCGACAUAUUUUCAGCGCUAUUUUUAAAUCAAAUUCAUACCUAAAUUUCAAAAUUUUUGCUCAGAAAUAUAGACUUAUCCUUCUAUUUUCGUCGGUGAUACAACUUAGAUCAUUAUUCUUUGGUAUAAAAUAGAAAACAGCGCAGUUAUUGACCCUCCCGAACGGAUAAAGGAUAUCGUCUCAAAAUAUGUCAACUUCGAAAGCUUAUUUCAAAAUCGUGGCACUUGAUUGGCACAUGACUUUAACUUUUCUAUAAACUACUAACAUUAGUCAACACAAAUCGCCAAUAAUAUCUUUCUGCUCUACCAUUUGACAAAAAUGACAAGCGCGCAAACUUUGUAAAAUUUGAAAAUGUGUCGAAAUCGAGCAUACUUUAUUGGUAAACAUAAUUAUUGAUAUUAACAGAUAAAAUCACCUUACACUACACUGAAUGAAGCUUCAUUAUGUAAAUAUAUGUCUUUCAUCAUUAUUCUUUGGUUUGGCGCUUGAAUCAAAUUGUUUGAGUACAGUUUGGCUUCACGGAUAGAGUCAUUCAAUGCCAGUGUGUCCAGUGUCUUCUGCGCGCCUCAAUGCCACGAGUCCUGAUUGUGACAUACUAUACAAUCUUCGCUCUGUUCGCUCUGUUUACCUCUUUAACAAAUACCUUUACCUGUUUAACAAAUAACAAUGUUCAAUGAAAUUGGAAAACUCAGAAUUAGUCAUACAACAGACAGAAUUUUCAUUGUUUUUAAACUGUUUUAUAAAAGUUUCAUUAGAAUGUACGAAUUAAAUCUUGUUGGCCUGGGCCGAACGAAAUCAGAAAUGUAUACUCGCUGUGAUGUCAAAUGUCAAUAUUUUGUUAGUUUCGCUCAGUAUAUUUUUCUAGCAACUGAAUUGUCUCUAGGUUUAGAAACAAUUAUCAAUGAAACUAAAAUUCAAGUAAGUCACGGUUCUGUAUAAAAAAUCAACUUUUUCAGGCCGACCUGGGUCACUUUGCUCAAGGCUAUGCUUCAAGAAUUUAUAUUAUUUCUUGUUGUAUAAAAAUAUGCGAAUAUUUUGAUAUAAUACAAAACAAUUCAGCGCAAACAGCUGUAACCCAUUUCAACACGUCUCAGUUAUUUAAUCAAUGUUAUUCCUUUUUUUAGUAACAAUUAGAAAGGUUCUGAAAAUUAGAAUUAAUUUAUAUUCUUCUUUCCGACAAGCUUUAAAGGGUGACAAAUUUGCAAGUGAUAACUAAUGUCAUUCUUACACGCCAGCAACUUUGAAGAACAGUCUACUGUGUCUCGGAAUUUUCCACACUCAGAAGUAGAAAAGGAACAUUUCUACAUUAUUGCUUACCGUCAUUUUCAUCUGUCAGCAUAAAAUCUACUGUCUGUCCAAAUCGUUUAGGUUUACCUAACGUUGCGUGAUCACAAAUUGCGGCUGUAGUAGAAGUAGAACACCAUUAUUGUAAACACAAAAACCUCGUGCAAUACUGUCUAAGACUACUAUUUAAUUCAAUACAAAGAAAGGGAAAUCAGAGAGCAACGAAACAUUUCAUUGUCAUUUGAUUGACAUGUUUACGCUCAGCGAGUACAUUUCUUUCGGUUAGGAGUUUUCCCCGAGAUUAAUUCGUACAUUCUAUAAAACGAAACUUUUAUAUAACAGUUUAAGGUAAACAAACCAAUGAAAGUUAUGUCUGUAGUAUGACUAAUUCUGAAUUUUCUAAUUUCUUUGAGACAUUUUAUUUACAGGAGGUAAACAAAGCGAACAGAGCGAAGUUCGUAUGUCACAAUCAGGACUGAUGCCGUCAUGGCAUUGAGGCGCGCAGAAUUUGAACACACUGCUGGACACACUGGCAUUGAAUGACUAUCCUUGAAGCCAAACUGUACAGUCAAACAAUUUCAUUCGAGUGCAAAACCAAAGAAUAAUGAUGAAAGACAUAUAUUUACAUAAUCAAGCUUCAUUCAGUGUAGUGUAAGGUGGUUUUAUUUGUUAAUAUCAAGAAUUAUGUUUACCGAUAAAGUAUGCCCGAGUUCGACACAUUUUCAAAUUUUACAAAGUUUGCGCGCUUGUCAUUUUUGUCAAAUGGUAGAGCAGAAAGAUAUUAUUGGCGAUUUGUGUUGACUAAUGUUAGUAGUUUAUAGAAAAGUUAAAGUCAUGUGCCAAUCAAGUGCCACGAUUUUGAAAUAAGCUUUCGAAGUUGGCAUAUUUUGAGACGAUAUCCUUUAUCCGUUCAGGAGGGUCAAUAACUGCGCUGUUUUCUAUUUUAUACCAAAGAAUAAUGAUCUAAGUCAUAUCACCCGCGAAAAUAGAAGGAUAAGUCUAUAUUUCUGAGCAAAAAUUUUGAAAUUUAGGUAUGAAUUUGAUUUAAAAAAUAGCGCUGAAAAUAUGUCGAUACUUGGCCUUCAUUCGGAGUAUCAAGUUGGUUACCAGUCGAUCGAACAUCAAUCGCCCCCAAAAAUAAUUUAAAGGAAAUUUGAGUAAAAUGACAUCGAUUUUAGUUGUUCCCAAGGAUAGAUCUUCAAAAUACUAGAGUAUGAGAGAAAUCUAUUUUUGAGCCCCAUACUGACCUGGAGGUUUUUACGGAGACAGCCUCUUAAGCAUGUCAGGAGUGACAAUGGCACAGAAUUCACUAGUCAUAAAUUCAAAUCUAUUCUUUGAGAAAAUAGGAUAAGGCAUGAGACUGGUGCACCAUAUUCCCCACAUCAGAAUGGAACGGUGGAAAGAGCAUGGUUGAGUCUUUUUAAUAUGGCUCGAUGUUUGUUGCUUGAGGCAAACUUGCCAAAGUCCAUAUGGACUUAUGCUGUUAUGGCAGCAGCCUACAUCAGAAAUCGUUGCUUCAAUGCGAGAUUGGGCAAAACUCCUUAUGAGGCAUUUACAGGGUCUAAACCAGAUUUGAGCAAUAUGCAUGUCUUUGGUUUCGUUUGUUACGCAUAUGUGCAAAAUGCAAAGAAAUUAGAUCCUAGAAGUAAACAGGGUAUAUUUGUGGGAUAUGAUAAAAGAAGUCCUGCAUAUCUUGUCUUUUAUCCUGAUUCCAAUAAGGUUGAACGUGUAAGGUGUGUGAAAUUUUUCAAUGAGAGCAACCAUGAAUCUAAGGUUAAUCCUGACGAACAGGAAGGGGAAUUUCUGCCCAGUAAAGUGUCUGUACCUAUUGCCAAUGAGAGUGUAAUAUCAACACAAGGGGAUGAAAGUGCAAAUGGCACUGAAACUGUGCAUGAUGAAGUACAGUACCCUAGUCAAACUCGUACUAAGCCAACAUAUUUGAAUGAAUAUGUAACUGGUAAGGUUGUUGAUGAUGCAGCAACAUGUGCAGUUGAUUAUUGCUAUAGAACCCAUGACAUUCCAACUAGCUAUUCCCAAGCAGUACAUUCUCCUGAAAGAAAUAAAUGGGAAAAAGCCAUGGAUGAUGAAAUUGAGGCCUUAGAGAGCAAUGAAAAUUUUGAGUUGGUCCCACCCCCAAAGGGCUGUGAGGUAGUGGGGGGGGGGGGGAAAUGGGUGUAUACCAUUAAGAUAGGACCAGAUAAGGCUGAAACAUACAAAGCUCGUUAUGUAGCAAAAGGCUACUCGCAGAUUCCUGAUAUUGAUUACCAUGAAACCUUUUCCCCAACCGCUCGGAUGAGCUCUAUUCAUGUUUUAUUACAGCAGGCAAUUCAGAAUGAUAUGCUUGUUCACCAGAUGGAUGUAAAAACAGCCUAUUUAAAUGGCGCAAUAGACUGUGAGAUUUUCAUAGAUCAGCCAGAAGGCUACGAAAGGGUAGGACAAAAUGGUGAGAGGUUGGUGUGCAAAUUAAAUAAGUCUUUGUAUGGUCUUAAGCAGAGUGGACGCAAUUGGAACAUGCUACAUGAUUACCUUAUGAAGGAGAGCUUCACUCAAUCACUUGCUGACCCAUGUGUUUACAUUAGAAAUGGUGGUACAAAUGAAUGUACAAUUAUCAUCAUUUGGGUUGAUGAUCUCAUAAUUUCUGCUAGCCAUGAAAUUCUUUUGCAGAGUGUGAAAGAUUCUUUAAGUAGUAAAUUUAGAAUGAAGGACCUAGGGGUAUUGUCAUGGUUCCUAGGCACAGAAUUCAAGUGUUCUGAAAGUGCAAUUGAAAUGAGCCAAAAGCAAUAUAUUGAGAAAUUGCUGUUAAGGUUUGGCAUGGCAGAAUGCAAGCCAAAGGUGACCCCAACAGUACUAGGUUUAGAUAAGGUUGUGGAUACAAAAUCACCUGAAUUGAAAGAUCCAACUCUUUAUAGAGCGAUAGUUGGGAGCCUAAUAUAUGUGAUGACAGGUACAAGGCCUGAUUUGUGUUAUAUAGUCACUAAGCUUUCCCAAAACAUGUCGAAACCCACUGAAGCUAACCUUAUUGCUGCAAAACAUGUUCUAAGGUAUUUGAAAGGCACAAUUUAGCAAAGAUUGAGAUUCAGGAAAUCUGAGAGCACUCUAAAACUUAUUGGGUUUUGUGACUCAGAUUGGGGAGGUGAUGUUUGUGACAGGCAUAGCAUAUCUGGCUAUGGUUUUCAGUUGUUGGACGAGGGUCCUUUAGUUUCUUGGAGAAGUAGAAAACAGCUAACUGUUGCAUUGUCCACAUGUGAGGCAGAGUAUAUGGCACUGACAGACGCAGUGCAGGAAGCCAAGUUCUUAAAGCAGUUGUGUGUUGAUCUACAUAUUGUUCAGGUAAGUUAUAGUGUUCUGGUAAAUGGUGACAACCAAGGUGCAAUCAAUCUAGCUAAGAACCCUAUGUACCAUAAAAGAUCAAAACAUAUCGAUGUGAAGUAUCAUUUCAUUCGAAGUGAAGUUCGAAUAGGUAGUAUAGUAUUAGCAUAUAUUCCAACGGACGAGAAUGUAGCAGAUAUCUUUACAAAGCCAGUUAGUAAAGUCAAGUUAGAUAAGUUUGGACCAUUUAUUUCAGGUAAGUAUCAUUCAGCAUAA